AUGGAUUUACAACAUGGACAUGGUUAUAACCCAGAUUCAAGAACACGUGUUCUUACAGAUAGUGGACUGGAGCUUUAUAAUGCUAACAUUAGAACUCACUUAAAGAAGAUAGAACUUGUUCAAACAGAAGAAGGACUUUGCCUUGAAAGAUUUUCGACAACAAAUUCAGAAGACUAUGAGACAGUGUUAGAAAUUCAAAAAACUUUAAAUUUAUGUCAUUGCAAGUAUAGUCUCUAUUCAGAGGAGUACUUGAAAUAUUUAAGGAAUACACGUACAGAGGACAGUCUGAGGAUAGCUGAAAAACACAAAAAAGAAGAUUUAAAGUACAAAGACAUUAUUGAACGUGCACUUCAGCAAACGAAGGUUUCAGACAGACACGAAACUUCUUCUCAGUUCACGCAUAGAUCUGGAGCACAUUCCAGAGCUUCUUCCAACUCCAGCUCUGUUGCCCUUAGAAAACGUGCAAAAGCAGAAGCAGCUCAAGUCAAAUUGGAAUUUGCCUUGAAAGAAGCUGAAAUGCAAAAACAGAAGGCAUAUAUAGAAGAACAAGAAAAAAUAUUGAAGGCUAAAUCAAUAACAAAAAAGGCAGAAUUAGCAGCUGAAAUAGAACUGCUAAACUAUAAGAAGGAAGCCGCCGCCGCUGUCGCCGAGGCAGAGGCUUUGCAACAUGAGCAAAGUGCUUUUGACAGUAAAAAGUCUGACGUUAUUCUAGCCAAAACAGCCUUUGAUCGCACUAGACAAUAUGUUGAACAACAGGGUGAUCAAGUAUUAGCUGCUGAUCACAACGUUAACACAUUACAUAAUCCGUUUGUAAAUCUCGUAGUAGGUGAUGCGUGCGACGAAUCCCAUAAUUGGCCAACAUUCAAACAAACACCAAAGCCAUCACAUCCUAAAUACGGAGUGCCAAGUGUUAGUAUAGUACACAAUGACAAUGAUAAUAACACAAAAACUUUAAAUCCGGAAGCACUGACCUUUCAACCUGAAACGGCUGCUAUUAAUCAAAAUGUUGCAACCGAUAUAACUAGAUUUCUUAUGAAAAAAGAUUUGUUGUUAUCGAGACUUACACCGUACAAUGAUAAAGCAGAGAUGUACGCAGUAUGGAAAGCAAGUUUUAAGAAUAUAAUUGGUGAAUUAUCAGUCUCAGCUUUGGAAGAGUUGGAGCUUAUGGGCAAAUGGUUAGGGCCAGAAUCCACGAAACAUGCAAAUAGCAUUCGUUCAGCGCACAUUAAUAAUCCGGCGAAAGGACUACAGCGCUUAUGGGAUAGAUUAGAUGAACGUUACGGUUCUCCAGAGGCGGUCGAAGCCUCAUUAAUGGCCAAGUUAAAUAGUUUCCCAAAACUGACACAAAAAGAUAAUAAAAGACUUUAUGAGUUGUCAGAUAUACUAUGUGAGAUUGAAUCAGUCAAGGAAGAUUCAAGGUACCAAGCAUUAUUAGCCUAUUUUGACUCGUCAUCGGGCGUACUUCCGAUUUUGAAUAAACUACCGUAUAACAUUCAGGAGAAAUGGACGACACGAGCCUCUCACUAUAAAAGAGAAAAACAAGUAACAUUUCCACCGUUCACGUUCUUCGUUAAGUUUAUCCGAGAACUGAGUCAGAUUAAAAAUGACCCGAGCUUUGCUUAUGAUCAGACAAUACAAACUAAAAAGGUAUUCAACAAUGACAAACCGGCAUUCAGGACCGCGAUUUCAGUCAGGAAAACAGAGAUCUCUAGUGACCUUGAUUUACAAAAACAGUGUUUAAUACAUAAAACUGGACACUCACUUCAUCAGUGUAGAGCUUUUAAAUCAAAACCGUUGCAAGUACGCAAGAAAUUCAUCAAUGACAAUAAGAUUUGUUAUGGUUGCUGUGAGUCCACUAAACAUGUUAAGCGAACAUGUACAAACAAAAUCAAAUGUAGUGAGUGUGGCAGUGAUCGUCAUCCUGCAGCACUACAUUUGAAUAGAGAGUUUACUGCAGAUCAGAACAAUAAUGAGUCGAAGCAGUCCGUCCACGGCGGGGAGGAACAAUCGGUUAAUCAAGAGACCGUUGUUGAAGCUAAAUGCACUGAAAUUUGCGGAAAAUAUUUUGAUGGAAAGUCCUGUGCAAAAAUCUUACCAGUCACUGUUUUUCAACGUGAUCAAUAUGACAAUAACAAGAAAGUUUAUAUUAUAUUAGACGAUCAGAGUAAUCGCUCAUUAGCGUCACCGUUAUUUUUCGAUACCUUUGGAGUACAUGGUACAGCAGAAGAAUAUACAUUGUCUUCUUGUUCAGGUCGAGUAAAAAUGUCAGGGCGCAGAACAACUGGAUUCGUUGUUGAGUCGUUGGACAGAAAAGUGCAGUUGGACUUACCGAUGCUAAUAGAAUGUAGUGAUCUUCCACACAACAGAGAAGAAAUUCCUACGCCUGAUAUUGCUAUCAGACAUUCUCACUUGAAAGAAAUGGCUCAUUAUCUAUCUCCUCUUGAUCCAGACUGUGAAAUUAUGUUGCUCAUAGGUAGAGACAUGACAGAAGCGCAUCAUGUUGUCGAUCAAAUAAUUGGAUCUCAAAGUGCUCCGUUUGCGCAAAAGAUGCCUCUUGGCUGGGUAGUGAUAGGUAACAUGUGCUUAGAUGGAAUACAUGCUCCAAAUGACGUCAAUGCCUACUUGACUCACAUUGCACCAGAUGGUCGUGCUUCGAUUCUUCAACCUUGCCCUUACAAUUAUGAUGUAAAUGAGUGUUUUUCUUGCGGUAGUAUUAACCUUGGAGUUCAUCACAAGAAAAAUGGCAAUAUCACAAGUGCAAUAUUCGAACGCACUACACAAGAUGACAAACCUGGAUUAUCUAUAGAAGAUAGACAAUUUCUAGAAAUAAUGCAAGCUAAUCUCCAGAAGGACAGUAAUGGUAAUUGGUGUUCACCUUUGCCUUUUCGCACUCCGAGACGACGUCUUCCGAAUAACAGAGCAAUGGUUUUGCAUCGUGCUAAGUCACUGGAGAAAAGUUUUGAUCGUGAUCCAGUAAAACAAGAACACAUAUUUGCAUUCAUGCAGAAACUUUUUGAGUGUAAACAUGCUGAGUUGGCUCCUCCUCUGAAAAGUAAUGAAGAGUGCUGGUACUUACCUGUUUUUGGCAUCUACCACCCAAAGAAACCGGAUAAAGUAAGAUGUGUAUUCGACUCAUCGGCAAGUUAUGAUAACGUUUCUUUAAAUAGUGUAAUGCUCCGUGGACCUGAUAUGACUAACAACUUAGUUGGUGUUCUUAUGCGCUUUAGAAAGGAACUGAUUGGUAUAAUGGCGGACAUUCAACAAAUGUUCUACUCAUUCACUGUAAACGAGGAACACAGAAACUUCUUGCGAUUCCUGUGGUAUCGAGAUAACGAUUUGGAUAAUGAACUUACUGACUAUCGUAUGAGAGUGCAUGCAUUCGGGAACAGUCCCUCUCCGGCAAUUGCGACGUUUGCACUUCAGAAAACUGCUGAGAUUGCAGAGCAAACCUUUGGAAAGGAUGUUAAGGAUUUAGUAUGUAGAAAUUUCUAUGUAGAUGACGCGCUCACGCCUGUCGGCAGUAACAGUGAAGCAAUUGAUCUGUUGAAUAGAACUAAAGAAGCUCUUAAGACUUUUGGAAACUUGCGUUUGCACAAAUUCUCUUCAAACAGCAAAGAAGUGAGGACGAAACUAGAUCCUGAUGAUCUAGCCGAAAACUUAGAGAAUUUGAAUUUUGAAACUGACAAUUUACCGUUACAAAGAAGUAUCGGACUAUACUGGAACUUAGAAUCCGACACAUUUACGUUCAAGGUUUCGAACGAUGAAAAGGCAUUUACUAGAAGAGGCGUCCUCUCAACAAUCAAUAGUAUUUUUGACCCGCUAGGAUUUGUUUCACCAGUGACAAUACAAGGUAAAAUCAUACUCCGUAAACUCAUGAUUGAGUCAGUAAACUGGGAUGAGCCGUUAACUGAAGAUUUCAGACAAGAAUGGGAACAAUGGCGAACUUCUUUGACAAACCUUGAAAAUGUAAUGAUCCGUAGAAUGUAUACGCCAAUAUCUGUUCGAGAUGCUACAAAGAUCGAACUUCACACCUUUUGUGAUGCCUCUGAGAAGGCAAUUGCGGCAGUGUCCUACUUGAAAGUAUUUCAUCAUGAUGGCUCUUCUCAUCUGGGCUUUGUGUUAUGCAAAACGAAGUUGGCACCGAUAAGCGGUAAUACUAUACCAAGACUGGAGUUAUGCGCUGCUGUUUUGGCUAUUGAAAUAUCUGAUUUCAUUAUUGACAAUUUGGACCGGAAGAUUGACACAAUCCAGUUCUACAGCGACAGUAGAAUCAUUCUAGGGUAUGUCACCAAUCAAACUAGACGAUUCUAUACGUACGUAGCUAAUCGAGUACAUCGUAUACGGAAAAGCUCUUCUCCAGAACAGUGGAACUUUGUUUCAACACAAGUUAAUCCUGCCGAUCAAGCUACCAGAGGUAUUUCGUCACACGAAGUCAACAGUAGUAUGUGGAUUCUGGGUCCACAUGAAUUCAUCUCUAAAUGUGAACAGCGAACAGCAAGUUCCGAAACUUCAUAUCCGUUAGUUCAGCCUAGUGAUGACAAAGAGUUACGCCCAAUUUUAAAUGUUCAUGUCUCAAAAACAUCUGUCAACCUACAAUCAGCGCUAGGAUCUCACCACUUUGAAAGAUUUUCGGAAUGGAGCAGAUUAGUUCAGUCUAUCGCAUUCUUACAUCGAUAUGUCCGAAAUCGUAAAAGGAUAAGUACUGAAGAAAAGAAACCGAAUUCUGUUGAGCUGUAUCAAGAAGCUGAGUUGUUCGUAAUAAGAUUAGUGCAAAACGAAGUGUACGAAACGGAGAUCAGUAAUAUGGAGCAAAAUUUGUGUCUAUCUAAGAAUAGUAAUGUUAUAGCUUUGAAUCCAUAUCUAGAUUCACGUGGAGUUCUGUGCGUUGGUGGAAGAUUGAACAAGUCGAAUCUUGAAAUACAUGAGAAAAAUCCAACCAUUAUACCAGGUAAACAUUAUAUAGCCAAGUUACUUAUACGCCAUUAUCAUGAAACUGUUUGCCACCAAGGACGCCAUUUUACCGAAGGGGCGCUCAGAAAGGCAGGUUUCUGGAUAACGGGAGCAAAACGCUUGAUACAGUCGUUCAUACAUCGUUGUGUCACUUGUAGAAAAUUGAGGGGUACUUUGGAAAUUCAGAAGAUGGCGGAUCUCCCGUCCGAUCGGCUUGAACCUGGGCCACCAUUUUGUAAUGGCAUCGAUGCUUUUGGUCCAUGGCAUGUAGUUACCAGGAAAACCCGUGGUGGUAGCGCACAAUCAAAGCGGUGGGCGAUAUUAUUUUCGUGUCUCACAACUCGAGCAGUGCACAUUGAAGUUGUGGAAGAAAUGUCUUCUUCUGCAUUUAUUAACGCUCUAAGAAGAUUUGUGGCAAUUCGUGGAAAAGUAAAGAUAUUUAGGUCUGACCGAGGGACAAAUUUUGUUGGCUCAACCGAUCAUUUGAAGAUUGAUACAGUGAACGUGGAGAAUGGACCUCUAAGAGACUUUUAUACAAAUCUGGAACAGUUUGGAUAUUCAACCCUCCUCACUCCUCACACAUGGGGGGAGUGUGGGUGA